CACCCUUCUUCUCACAUUCCUCUCAGUCCCUUGCUCCUAGGUUUGGGGCAGGUCCCAGUCCAAAACAGGGGCAGCAACUACUAGGACUAAAUUACAUGAAGCCUGUGAAUUUGCUUGGAUUUGUACAAAACAGAUUCUAACAAGAGGAUUGUAAAAACAAGAGGAACAAUUUUAAACUGCUCUGAUUUCCCCAUCCCCCUUUCUUGGAAUACUUUUUAUUUUAUAUUUUCAUGCGAAGAUACUGUACCUGUUCUAUUGCUGAAUUUCAAUCUCCUCGUCAUCUGGAUCCCUGCCAUUCAAAGACAGAGAGCAUCGAUAUGGCACUGUUAUAGACAAACUAUUCCAGUGAUGGCUGGGAAUCCAGAGGUGACCUUCACAGCUCUGGGCUAAUGCCCUACAGAGUGCUAGGGGGCUGAAUCCCUUUCGUACACACACACACUCUUCUGUCACUUCCAACCCUCCAUUCCUCAUCUGUGGUGUCUGACUCUAGAUCGAAGCCCUGUGGGACAAUGGCAUCUCACAGAAACUCUAGUUUCCUCCUCAACCUCUCCCACCACCCACGAUGGACACAAGAUCCCUUAAUGAGGGAGAGAAGGAGACAAAGAAGGACAGAGGAUACAAAAACAAUGAACAGUCUGACCCCCGCAUCGUCAUCUGCGGUGCUACGCUCCAGAAGCUUGUGGGGAAACUGGCUGAUGUUACCCCUGCUGAUGGCCACCUAUCUACCCUGUGAGGCCUGGGGCGCCACAUUCACUGUGGCCAUAAUUGGUCCCUGGACAUGUGACCCUAUGUACUCCAAAGCCCUUCCUGACCUGGCUGCCCGCCUGGCCACCGCCCGCCUCAACAUGGACCCCUACACUAAGAAAGGCUACUGGUACGACUAUACUCUCGUCAACGAGGACUGUAAAACAUCCAAUGCCCUGGCCCGCUUCUCCUCUCUGGAAGGCUAUGGCUCGGCUUUCCUCGGCCCUACUAAUCCAGGCUACUGCUCAUCGGCUGCUCUGUUUGCGAAAAACUGGAAUAAGCCCUUUCUGUCCUGGGGUUGCCUGAAACCAAACAUGGAGGAUGGACAGUAUCCCACCUUUCACAGGCCCCUGCCUCUGUCUUCCCGGGUUCUGUUUUCUGUGCUGCGGUACUUCCGCUGGGCCCAUGUGGUCAUCGUGACGUCAGAGGAUGACCUGUGGGAGGCUACAGGACACGAGCUGGCGGCCUCUCUUAUGGCCCUGGGCCUGCCGGUUAUCAAUGUGGUCACCAUGGAGCCGGACAAGGAUGGACCCACAAAGGCCUUGAAAAGGAUUCGGGAGUUAGACCGUGUCAGAGUGGUCAUCAUGUGCAUGCACUCAGCGUUGAUCGGUGGUGAGGCCCAGUAUCAGCUCCUAACCUCUGCCUCAAACAUGCGUAUGAUAGACCGUGGCUAUGUUUUCAUCCCCUAUGACACCCUCACAUAUUCGCUGCCCAAGGGCACAAACCUUCAUGCUCUGACCAAUGACAGCUUGUUGAGAAAAGCCUACGAUGGAGUUCUCACCAUCACCAUGGAUUCUAGUGAGAACACUUUCUAUGAAAGCUUCAAAGAGGCUCAGGAGAAAUUUGAGAUUCGCACCAGCACUCCACCAGAUCAGGUGUCUCCAUUCUUCGGCACCAUCUACAACAUGAUAUAUUACAUGGCCUAUGCAGUAGAGAAGAGUCGCAUGGUGGCUGGGCGCUGGGUGGAUGGGGAGACCAUGCUCCAGAGCGAUGGAGGGGUCGACUUUGAGGGCUUCAACCAGCACAUCUCAUCCGAUGAAGAUGGGUUGGGGAUGCUGGCUCGCUACGUGGUCCUGGACUCUGACGGUGGAGACAAACUCUACAUGACACACACUCUGGAAGCCCCCCAUACCCUUGGCAAAUUUGGGGCGGUCAAGUACAAUGGGCGCUCCAUCCACUUUGCUGGCAGUAGCCCCAGCACAGACUCCCGUUGUUGGUUCAGUCCAUACAUCACCUGCAGUUGGGGAAUGGACGCAGUUACUCUCUUCUUUCUGUUCAUCCUCUUCUGUGCGUUGGUUGGAGGUGGAGCUGCCUUUUAUCUGAAGAGAGGUGGACAGAUUGGAACUAUCUUUGGAGGAUCAGGGGGAGGAGGAAGGCCCUUAAAAGUAGUCUUGAAUCUGGAUGACCUCAUUUUCAUCAAUACCCAGACCAGCCAAAAGAAGCUGAAUGAGGACAGUAUGAUGAACAGUCAGCUGGACGUGAAGACGCCUCGCCACUCAGUGUCGGGACGAAGCUACUUUGGCUCCACCCCUGACAGUUCCAAUGUCGCUGUCUUUGAGGGUGACUGGGUUUGGUUGAAGAAAUGUCCCAAUGGAAACACUGUGUCAAGUGUCAGUGAUGGCACUCAAAGUAUUUUCACCAAGCUCAGGGACAUGCGGAAUGAGAAUCUCAACCUGUUCCUUGGCCUGUUCCUCGACUCUGGGAUCUUUGGUGUUGUGACAGAGCACUGUACCAGGGGCAGCUUGGAGGACCUUCUCAACAAUGAGGACAUGCGCCUCGACUGGAUGUUCAAGUCCUCCCUGUUGAUGGAUCUGAUAAGGGGAAUGAAGUACCUGCACAACCGUGAUGUCAUCCAUGGGCGCCUGAAGUCCCGAAACUGUGUGGUGGACGGACGCUUCGUGCUGAAGGUGACUGAGUACGGCUUCAACGAGAUCAUAACAACCCAGGGUGUCGACUUUGACGAGGGCAGGCCUGAGGAUCAGCUGUGGACGGCUCCAGAGCUACUGAGGGACUCCAGUUUGAUGAAGAGAGGAUCGUUCCCAGGGGACGUUUACAGUUUUGCCAUCAUCAUGCAGGAGGUCAUCGCCCGCUGUGCUCCCUUCUGCAUGCUGGACAUGCCUCCCAAGGAGAUCAUCAGUAAGUUGAAAUCACCCCCACCACUGUGUCGGCCUACUGUGUCAGUGGAUGAGGCUCCACUAGAGGUGAUCCAGGUCAUGAAACAGGCCUGGAGCGAGGAGCCAGACAAGAGACCCACCUUCGAGGAGAUCUUCAAACAGUUCAAGAGUAUAACCAAGGGAAAGAAGACCAACAUCAUAGACUCCAUGCUGCGUAUGUUGGAGCAGUACUCCACUAACCUUGAGGACCUGAUCAGGGAGAGGACAGAGGAGCUGGAGGUGGAGAGGAAGAAGACUGAUAACCUGCUGGCCCAGAUGUUGCCCAGGUCUGUGUGCCUGGCCCUGAAGACGGGCAAGCCUGUGAGACCAGAGCACUUCUCUGAGGUCACUCUGUACUUCAGUGACAUUGUGGGCUUCACCACCAUCUCUGCACUCAGCGAGCCCAUUGAGGUGGUAGACUUACUCAAUGAUCUCUACACACUCUUUGAUGCCAUCAUCGGGCAGCAUGAUGUCUACAAGGUGGAGACCAUCGGAGACGCGUACAUGGUAGCCUCUGGAGUUCCAAACCGGAACGGUAGACGCCACGCAGCUGAGAUGUCCAACAUGUCCCUGGACAUUCUCCACUGUAUUGGAACCUUCAAGAUGAGGCACAUGCCUGACGUCAAGGUCAAGAUUCGUAUCGGCCUGCACUCUGGCCCUGUGGUGGCAGGUGUGGUGGGUCUGACGAUGCCUCGGUACUGUCUGUUCGGAGACACUGUCAACACAGCCUCUCGAAUGGAGUCCACAGGGUUGUCUUACAGAAUCCAUGUCAACCAGAGCACAGUCGAUAUCCUGCAUGAACUACAAAUGGGCUACAAAGUAGACACCAGGGGCAUGACAGAGCUGAAGGGGAAGGGAGUUGAAAACACUUACUGGUUGGCUGGGAGAGCUGGGUUUGACAAGGUUCUGCCCAUACCGCCUGACCUUACUCCAGGGGCAAGUAACCAUGGCAUCAGUUUGGAGGAGAUUCCUCCAGAUAGAAAACAAAAAUUCCUUGACCGGCAGGCGAGGAAUAAGUAGCCUGUAAGAUAGUGUGGCCCAGUCCUACCUGUUGGAGUGAAAGACCAGAGAGGUGAAUAGAGCAGGUUGGUAGAGAGGAGAGGAUGGGUUAGGGGUGCGUCUGACAGACAGUCUGUCGCAUCCCCCCAUGUGUCCUGUCAGGAGUGCUGAUCCACAUUGCACAAAUAAGCCAAAGUUGGAGAGACACUGUCUGUCUUCAACACAUUACAUUUGUUGCACAGAGCAAAGAUAUGUUUAAACAAGAGUUUAUUAAAUGUACUGUAGAGCAUAUGUGGGAAACAGGAGGGAUAAAUAAAGGGAUAUUACAAUCAUGCACCAAAAUACCAAAUACACUACAAAAGUAUGUGGACACCCAUUCAAAUUAGUGGAUUUGGCUAUUUCAGACACACCCGUUGCUGACAGGUGUAUAAAAUUGCGCACACAGCCAUGAAAUCUCUAUAGAAAAACAUUGGCAGUGGAAUGGCCCAUUCUGAAGAGCUCAGUGACUUUCAACGUGGCAACAUCAUAGGGUGCCACUUUUCCAUCAAGUCAGUUCUUGAUUUUCUGCCCUGCUAAAACUGCCCCGGUCAACUGUAAGUGCUGUUAUUGAGAACUGGAAAUGUCUAGGAUCAACAACAGUUUAGCCGCGAAGUGGCAGACAACACAAGCUCACAGAACGGGACUGCCGAGUGCUGAAGUGCUUAGAGUGUAAAAAUUGUCUGUCCUCGGUUGCAACACUCACUACAGAGUUCCAAACUGCCUCUAGAAGCAACGUAAGCACAAUAACUGUUCAUCAGGAGGUUCAUGAAAUUGGCUUCCAUGGCCUAGCAGCCGCACACAAGCCUAAGAUCACCAUGCGCAAAACCAUCGGCGGCUGGAGUGGUGUAAAGCUCGCAACCAUUGACCUCUGGAGCAGUGGAAAAGUGUUUUCUGGAGUGAAGAAUCAUGCUUCAACAUCUGGCAGUCCGACGGACUAAUCUGGGUUUGGCGGAUGCCAGGAGAACGCUACCUGCCCGAAUUCAUAGUGCCAACUGUAAGGUUUGGUGGAGGAGGAAUAAUGGUCUGGGGCUGUUUUUCAUGGUUUGGGCUAGGCCCUUUAGUUCCAGUGAAGGGAAAUCUUAUUGCUACACCAUACAAUGACAUUGUAGAUGAUUAUGUGCUUUUAACUUUGUGGCAACAGUUUGGGGAAGGCCCUUUCCUGUUUCAUCAUGACAAUGCCCCUGUGCACAAAGUGAAGUUCAGUGAGAUCGAUGUUGAAGAACUUGACUGAGCUGCACAGAGCCCUGACCUCAACCUCAUCGAACACCUUUGGGAUGAAUUGGAACAUCAACUGCGAGCCGGUCCUAAUCACCAAACAUCAGUGCCCGACCUCACUAAUGCUCUUGUGGCUGAAUGGAAACAAGUUCCCGCAGCAAUGUUUCAAGAUUUAGAGGGAAGCCUUCCCAGAAGAGCGGAGGCUGUUAUAGCAGCGAAGGGGGGACCAACUCCAUAUUAAUGCCCAUGAUUUUGGAAUGAGAUGUUCGACGAGCAGGUGUCCACAUACUUUUAUCGAUGUAGUGUAUAUUGAUGUACUGUAGGAGUCUCUGUAGAAUGAAAACAUCACAGGACAAACAUGGGAAGAGACGGACUUCUUGAAAAAAACGUUAAAUGUCCAUUAUAUCGUGUACAAUAUACUGUAUUUAUCUCUACUUUGCUUUGUAGAAAUAUUGGACAGAUUUCAUUUUAAACACCCCAACGGUGAAUGAAAAGUAUUCAUACUCAACUAUAUGACAUGCGUAUAUUAAAAUGUAGCAUGCACUGUAAUGUAUCUAACCUGUUAUAUUUAAGUUUGGUAACGUCGUCUCUCACAAUAAUACAGUACAUCGAUCUUAGAUUUUUUUUUUUUACAGAUAUAAGGUAGACUGUUAAAGAAUUUGGUCCAAGGCGUUCUCUGUUUUUUAUUUUCUUAUUGUCCUGCUUCAGUAAUUAACGCCUUCUAUUUGUUUGAAUGAUCAUUUAGAAAAUUCAACCCAUUAGAAAAUAUGAAUUCAUAUUUUUUUCACAAAUUUGCCAGUUGGGACAUUAAUUUAAUAAUUUUCAAAUCAAAUAAAUAUGUUGCAAAAUAACUGUUCCCAGAAAUGAAGCUUCACUUCAACAGAUUAUUAAUAAACGUUGACUCAUAGAUCUAAACUCUUAUCUAUUGAGACAGAACCAUCUCUCUGCUCUUCUCUAUCUUUCUGAAAUCAUGCUUUAUUCGUGUUUUCACUGUAUUUUGUUAUUCAACUAAAUCCAGGUAUGUAUGUAUAGACACAUUUUGUUUUAUGGUAUUUAUAUAUCAGUACUGUUUUAUGGUAUUUAUAUAACAGUAUAUCCCAAUUAAAUUUUUUAAAGAACUGUACAUUUGUUUUAACAUGAAGUGAUAUGCAUUUUCUUACAACAAUGACAUUGAAUGAGCAAUGGGAUUAAUAAAUGUUCCAAUGGGAAAAAAAUAUGUAAACCCACAUUAUACAAUGAUAAGGUCACAAUCUCAAUUCUUACAGGGUCAUUGUCAUUCAAGCUAUUUUCUGCUACAUAUAGUGGUUCAAAUAGUACAAAAUGCAAGGGAAUAAUAAUGGCUGCAGUCAUUUUUAGUUUAUUUCUACAUAUGCUACAAUAUACCUUGGAGUCAUAGGGGAUUGCUUACAAAUCAAGAGCAGAGACUGGAAUACACACCAGCUUGUACUGCACAUGGUUCCUAAUAGGAAGUGAUGUAUUCAAAGGAUGAGCUACACGUAUUUGGUCUGAAAGAUAUAGACUGUCUAUCAAACCCAAAUAGCAAUGUUUUAUUUGGUAUUAUGAUGACUGAAUUGUAAAUCUUGCGGUGUGGUCUCAUUGUGUGUGCUUGUGUAAAUAAAUAAUGGUUUUAGUGA